CUUCGGGCACGGACCUCGUGCCAGGCCGGGUGAGUUGGCAAGUUCUGCAGCAGUUAGUGGAGCAACACGCCGAGCUCGGCCGUAGUUGGAUUGAACCGUUCUACGACAUGGCUAACGCCUUCGCCUCCGUCUCCCACCAGGCCCUCGACAGUGUGAUCGAUGCCGCGCUCGACGUCGACUCGGCUCACAUCACCUGGAUCGAAAUCACGGAGGAGCAGGAGGAAUUUCAGUUUUUUCGAGUUCGUGAACCCGUCACAGGUGAGACGGUCAAUGUAUAUUUUACCACUUUUGCCGACGACAUGACUAGCAUCGGGCUUUUGCACGGUGAUUCUCAGGCACAGCUGGCGUCUGACAAGAUGCAGGCCUGGGAUGAUGGCCUCAAGCAGGUGGUCACGGACACCGCCGAGCUUGACCAGAAUGGAGAUAAGAAAGAGAUUUUAUUUCGAUGCCAUGGUCGAGGCUCUGCUGAACAGAUGCAGGACUUCUACCACCAGCGUGGCUCUAUUAGGUAUAAGGGUACGGCUAAACAAUGGGUUGGACACUUGGGGGGCUGGCACAAUCUAGACGGGAUCGCGGCCAGCUUACCUCAUCAGGUCGCCCACGCCACGGUUGUAAUCCAUAUCUUCGUGAAUUCUGUCAUGACCUUGAUGUUCAGGGUGCUCCAGGAGAAAGGUUGGUUUGCUCUCUUUCUGCCAGAGAAUACAUCACUCCUCGCCCCGAUCGUGAUCUUCUAUGCUAUAUACGACCGCAUGAACAUGAUAGGUUACACAAUCCACCAGCUCUUCAAAAUCGCAGUUUCGGAGAUUUUCCGUGUGACGGCGUUUUCGACGACGGCGCGGUCUGUGCCCAGGUAUUUCAAUCCCGACGGGCCCUUCGGUGUCAUAAACGACGAGCUCAUCAAAUCUUCGUGCCGCAUCGGAUCGCAGUGUUUUCAAAUCAAUGCAGUUGGUGUCUCAGAACGUUCAGUUCGCUCGACUCGCUUCGUCAUCAUGUCGAAGUCCGCGUUAAACGCCAUGGAUGUCCCAAACAGCGUGGGGGGAGUGCUUCAGCAGGUCUCGCGGGGCUCCAGCAACCAGCGUCGCUCGUGUGCCCUUUUGGGGAAUAUGAGGCCUCCAGUGUCCCUCUACUCCACGAACACGUUCGUAAGCAUUUUGUGGUUCGAGCUGAUCGUGAGGUUUUUCAAACUCUUCCUGAGUGUGACGCCCCAGUCGCACCUGCCCUCGCCGAUCUACCAGAUGGAUCAGCUCCAGAGGCGCCUGGGUCAGGGCGCCGCGGGGCAACCGGCAGCCGGCGACGGUCGCGCAGCCGCGCGGCGCGCGGUCGGAGGCAACUUCGACGAGGAGUAUCGUUCCCUGGUGGUGAACACGGCGAAGACCGUCGUGGGGCUCGACCUGAUGUCUCGUCGGUUUGCGGGAUGUCUUACUCUCGUGGCUCUUGUGAAGGGUGCGCGCACGCAGCUGACCGCCAUGCGCGAAGCGGGUGUGACCUACGAGGAAGCGAAGACGCAGUACAAGCAAGCGGGGAAUCAAGAGCAGCUGGCACAGCUCAAGUGGGCGCAUCUCCACGUGUGGGUCGGCCUGUGCAUGUCGAUCGUGAACGACGCGACGAUCCCCGCGGAGGCGAAGGCGAGCGUGCUGGCCCACUCCCAAGCCGUGAAAGGUGUGGGAGACAUCGAGGACAAAGUUAUCGUAUGUUACCAGAAGAAGGCCUUCCGCCAGGCCAACUGGCAGGAGGACAUGUAUCGCAUCGAGCUCUUCACGACUCCCGAACUUCGAGCAGAGGCGCUCGAGAUCCAGACGUGCAUCUUGAGGGCUGCAGGCAGUAUCAAAAAAGCAGGCAGUCCACCCAAAGGCCCCAACGUGCGGAAAGUCAUUCAGAGCUUGGUGAACCCCGGGGAGUACCAGGCGCAGCCUGCCGAGUGGGGGUGACGCGAGGACGAGAGAGGCCACCUUCUGAGCGCUUUCGCGCGAGCUCCGCAGGCGGUGUAGAAACUCCAGGUUUCUUUUUUACUCGGGCCUCUCCUCCUCCUCCUCCUCCUCCUGAGACCUCUCUCGCUUCUGAGCCCAGGGAGGUUUCCGUGGUCCGAGUGCUUUCGGAGUCUGGGCAGUUUCGGUUUUUGCGGGCUAUCUAGGCUAGUCACUGGCGUGAGCGGCGCCUUGAAGUCAGUCUUCGAGGGCCUCGAGUACCUUUCCCCUCCUGGAGCUUCUUGGCCCUAUAGGAGGGGCUGUGCUCAGGGGGCCAGUGCCAUAGAGUGCCGAAUCCAUUGAUUGUGCUCUUGCUCGUGUGGUGAGUUAAGACACAGUUGUUCUUUUGGCCGAGAAGGGUAAAUGCCCACAGACCCGAGUUCCAGGUUCUUCAGCGUUCUACUGCCUUGACCUUCUGCUGGCCAGGGAGCUCACAAGGGGGAUGAAUGAA